AUGGCGUUAAGACGACAGGCAGAGAUGCAAGCUCGACUGUUGGGCUAUCGCCUGAAGAUCGGACUCCUGAUCAUCAUCAUCAUGAUUCUUGGAUACUUCAAUGAGAGCCACGGGUCGGCGCAUUAUGGCGAGGACAGUGUGGGCUCGUUUCCAUACUUCGAGUAUAACGUACCACGGAAUGUUACCACCGUUGUCGGUCAGACCGCCUUCCUGCAUUGUAGGGUUGAACAGCUCGGCGAUAAAGCGGUGUCAUGGAUAAGAAAAAGGGAUCUACACAUUUUAACAGCUGGAAUUUUGACAUACACUUCAGAUCAGAGAUUCCAGGUCAUAAGGCCAGAUAAGUCUGAGAACUGGACUCUUCAAAUCAAAUUUCCUCAGGAAAGAGACGCUGGCAUCUACGAAUGCCAAGUAAAUACGGAACCGAAGAUGUCUCUGGCAUUUCAAUUAAAUGUUGUCGAGGCCAAAGCGAAAGUUUUGGGUCCAGCCGACUUAUAUGUGAAGACGGGCAGUUUGUUAUCAUUAACGUGUAUCUUGAGUCAAGGACCUCACGAUUUAGGCACCAUAUUUUGGUAUAAGGGAUCAAAAUUAAUAGAAUACAAAGAAUUAGAAGCAAACGAAGUGGAAGAGCAAAGGAUUAGGCUCAAAACGGAAUGGACCGAACAACUGUCGUCACGGUUGACUAUCGACAAGUUACAACCAACAGACAGCGGUAAUUACAGCUGCGUUCCCACAAUGGCUGAAACUGCCUCCGUCAAUGUACACGUUAUAAACGGCGAGCACCCAGCAGCGAUGCAGCACGGAAACACAAACACAGCAUCCCCCUGCGCGCUGUCGGUUAAUCUUCUCAUCUCACUGUACUGUUCCCUCGCUACGUUAUACACAAGCACCGUUGAUGGAUUUAGAUGA